UGAAACGCGGUCGGGCUCCCACAUCUUUCUCUCUUUUCAAAGUCAACGACUCAUGUUUUUUGAUUCUACACAGUGCCAGAUAAAAGUAACAUAUUCACAAAUACAUAGAAGUCGUCAACAACACCAUGUUCUCGUCAAUUAAGACCCUAAGAAUUUUCCUCCCCCACCCCUCGCUUUUUCGGUGACCACUGUAGCCCCAAAAAACUUGUUAUCCACAUAGUUGGCACAUCAAUCUCAAUUAGCACUAGCACCACCACCAUGGCAACCGGGCGUCAGCAGCAGGCCGGUAUCGGUCUGGGGAUUGUCGGGGACGGCAAGGGCUGGUCCGGCGCGGCGACGCGAUCGGAUGGUCUCGCGAACCGGUCGGACAAGAUCAACAGACUCCGGCCGCAAGUCUACCUGGACAUCACCGUGAACGGGGACAAACUCGGGCGGGUCACCUUCGAACUCUUCGCCGACGUGACGCCAAGAACUGCAGAAAACUUCCGGCAGCUGUGUCUCGGGGUCACCGGGCGCGUGACCAAGAAGAAAUCCCGGCCCUUGGGCUACAAGGGCACGAAGUUUCACCGCAUGAUUCCGGAUUUCUGCCUGCAGGGAGGGGAUUUAGACCACCUCUCCGGGCGCGGCGGGGAAUCCAUCUACGGCGAGAAGUUCGACGACGAGAACUUCCAGAUGAAGCACGACAAGUCCUUCCUGCUCUCCAUGGCAAACAGCGGGCGGAACACGAACGGGUCGCAGUUCUUCAUCACCAGUAAAGCGUUACCCUCGUUGGACGGCAAGCACGUGGUGUUCGGCGAGGCGAUCGCGGGGAUGGACCUGCUGCUCAAAAUGGAGGGGUACGGGUCGCGGAGCGGCGCGCCAUCCCGAGAGGUGGUCAUCGCGGACUGCGGCGAAGUGUCGGGCACGGCGGCCUGGCAGUUCCGGGAGCGAAAUCGGGCGGUCACGAAGGACGAGAAGCUGGUGGAUGCGCAGGGAAAUCCUUUGCCGCCAAAUUGGAUCAAGUUGGAGUCGCGCUCGAAGCCCGGAUUGUUUUACUACCAGCACGUAAGGAACGGAAACACGCAGUUCGAGAUCCCUCUAGCAAGUACGAGCACCGGUAGGGUGGAAAGCUUGAAGCGCGCAAUCGCAGACCGGGACGGCGGGGCGGAAAAUGACAAGCAGCUGGCCGGCACGGAUCUGAAAAAGCCGAAAACGGGAGAUUCAAACCGCGCCUGUCGGAAAGACGAGAUCAGGAUUCUGGUUUUCGAAAAGAGACACAGGAACUUUUUCGGCAAGCCCUCGAAAUCCUGGCGGGACAAAAACAUCACGUUGUCACAGGAGGAGGCGAAGCAGAAGCUGGAGUUUUUGCGGGAGAAAAUGAAGAACGCCCGAAUCGGGGGCGGCGACACAGCGCUCCGGACAAAGUGGCUCAAUUUCUCCUCGCUGGAAAACGACUGCGACAAAGCCAACUGGACCAUUGGGCCGGUCAAGCGGGGAGGGUUGAUAAGUCUGGGUUACGACAAAAAGAUCGAGGAACUCGCCUUCUCGCUGAAGAAGGGCGAUCUCAGCGAGUGCACCGACAUGUUUAACGCACAGAUUAUGAUGUUUAGGAUCGAAUAGGUUGCAGCUUCUGCGCUCAUUUUAACGUCCAUCGCGUAUAACGGCGAGGCAGGCUGUGUCCUGCGUUCUUUCUCAACGACAACAAAAAGAAAAACAGCAAACAGAUAA